UUUAUCUCCGCCGCAACGACGCCCAACCUCGCCAGCGCGACCAUUCUUUCCUCCAUCUGUUCGCAUCGGCCGUCGCCACGACUCGCCACACCUCGCUGGGCCAGCCGGCCAAAGCCAUGGAGCUCGAUCUCCCGCCGCCGCGACAGGCACCGCCGCUGACCGACCUGGCCGCCGCCAUCCGCCUGGCCGCCGAGGCCGCGGCCGCGCUCUCCGCGCCAUCAUCCUCGUCGGCCGCAGCCGCCGCGGCCGCCACCCUCCGUGACGCUCACGCCGCCAUCGGCAGCUUCCUCUCCCGCCUCGACGCGCCCGCCGCUGCCCCGUUCGACAGCGAUCAGCCUAUGGCGGAUGGCGGCGAGGCGGGGGACCCGAUGAUCGGGGAGGUGGAGGACGGGCUCCGGGAGUGCGCCCUGCAGGGGAACAAGCGCCGGAAGCGGCCCGUCCCGCCUUCUUGGCCCCUCGGCCCCCGUACGAGUGGCGCUUGCGUGGCGCCGGAGGCCACCGCCGAGCCGGUGCUGGACGUGCAACGGCGGCGGGGCGCCGCCAUGGAUCUGUUGCUGCAGUUCCAUGCGUAGGAUGAAGGGUUCAUGAAUCAUGAGUACCUUAUAGGAACAAAGGGAUGAGCACCGGCUGCAACACCUUUUUGCGCUGUAUCAUGUCCUUUGGUCAUCUUGUUCUUCAAACUGAUUGCACAGCCAGUGCAAACAACAUACCAAACCAAGGCAGCUAGGAUGAACACAGUGAUGUUCGAGCAAAAAUAUAUGAAUACGGCGAGAAUCUGAGACACUUGAGAUCAGAGCGGGAUGUCAGUAGAAUGCUUCGGGCCUAGGGGUAGUUUUGUUUCUGAACAAACCCUACUGUACUUCAUUUCCUUCUACUAUCAUCUGACAUCAGAAUGAUAAACAGUCAGACUGGUGCUUGCUCAACAUGUCCUGAUGUCCAGCAUGUUAUACCCUUUGGCCUUUGUUUAAAGUUAGUAUCAGCGUUAUUUGCGAGUUA